AUGAAAUUCGGCCUGAAUUACGAAAAGCGCAUGCUGCCCAAGUGGUCGCAGCACUACGUCGACUACAAUGGGUUGAGGACGCAGCUGCGCGCCAAGACGGAGAUGGGGGAGAGCAUCGAAGAGCUGGCCGGGGAGUUUGUCGCCGAGGUUGCGCGCUUCAGGGAAUUUUUCACGGAGCAGUAUGGGCCAAUGGAGGGAUCCGGCGAUGGCGCGGCGCUGGAGCUCCAGACGUUUGGGAGGCUCAACGUGAUGGCGAUCCGCCGCCUCUUCGGCAAGUUUGCGCGCUACCGCGCAGCCACGCCCGAAUGCCUUCGCCACGCCGAAUCUGCAUUUGACGCGUGGACUGAGGCAAGGCAGGAUGCCAAACCAUCGUUCGAUGGCGGACCGGCGGUAUCUUGUCCCGCUAAAGACGAGUUUUCUCGGUUUCUUGAGCCCCAAUCCUUGGAGGCAUUCAAUGCCGCCUUGCGAGAUUGCAUUGGCGGACACGCAAAUUCCGGCAUCGACCCCGGUUACAGGCAAUUCCUUGGCAGACUGCUCUGCUUGGCGGCCACCUAUCUCCCAAGUGACUUUAUCGACGCCAUCCUGAAGCACAAACCCGACCUUGGUGUCAACUCAGCUAGAGGUGAAUCGGCCCUUUAUCUUGCUGCCCAAUCUGGUUCUCUAUCAGCCACGCAGUCCGUCGCGGGGUACUUCCACCGGUCUGGUGCGAGCUUAGACCCCGUUGUGGCGAGAACGGGCUGGACACCGUUGAUGGUGGCAUGCGCACAAGGCUACACGGACAUCGUCGAGUACUUGCUGUCAUCCGGGGCCGACGCUCGCAAGGUGGAUGUCCUCGGCUGGACGGCCCGGGAGCACGCUGCUUAUCGCGGCCAUCUCACCACUGCGUCGCUUGGCGAUUUCGCGACAGCCGGAAGCCCUGAUGGCGAGCUGGCGGGACGGAUUGACUCCACCGCAUCGAAAAUCUCUACUCCCUUGCGAGCCGGUCAAAAAGCUGUUAUCGUUACUCUGGGUAGUGUCCAAGGAGGCCACGACCGGAAGACCCUCGAGCUUAGGCGUCACAGCGGCGACGACGCCGGGCUCACGUCCAAGUCCCUGGAAAUCGUCAUCCAUCGCGCCGACAGCGGCUCUAAGAUUGUACCACUGCCGCUCUGGGAAGACUACAGCACCGCGCCCAUCGUCGGCCGGCUUGAUGUGGACGCGCAGGCGCAGGUUACGGUGCGGCUCUGGGACGAUGGGGGCACACCGUCCACUGGCAACAGGGUGUUGGAAAGCAGCGGGACAGUUUUGCUGCGUCAAGACUAUGCAAAGUUUGGCGCUUUCCGAGAGAGCAUGCUUCGGGAAACGACGGUGGUGAUGCUGGACAGGGAGACGAUGGAGUUUUCAGGUACCGUUCUGCUCAGUUACGUGGUGGCGACGCCGUUUGCGGGGCUGGAUGGGGGUGAGAUGGCGUCUUAUAGACGACAACCUGGUGAUCCCAUACGAUUGGUUGGUCACAGAGGUCUUGGCCAAAAUACUGCAGGAAAGUCGAAUCUACAAAUCGGUGAAAACACAGUUACGUCGUUUCUGUCCGCCUACAGACUUGGCGCCCCGUUCGUGGAGUUUGACGUGCAGCUCACCCGCGAUCUCGAAGCUGUCAUAUACCACGACUUCUCCUUCAGCGGCUCCGGCUCGGACGUGCCGAUCCACGACAUCUCGCUUGCCCAGUACAAGUACGCCGGCGACAUCCAGAACCCCAGUGGCAGUGCCCUGCUUCUCGAGGCUGGUGUUCAGCGGCCGCGCGCGUCCUCUAGUGGCGAGGACUCGGUGCUCAAAGCCAUGCAGGCGCAGGAACGCCUGCGCUACACGGUCGACUUUGACGGCAAGGGCUUCAAGGCCAACAUCCGGGGCCACUCCAUCCAGGACGCGUACGCCACGUUGGAGGAGCUCCUGGCGAGGCUGCCCGAGGAGAUUGGCUUCAACAUUGAGAUGAAGUAUCAGCGGCUCCACGAGUCGGUCGACGCGGGCGUGGCCUCCGUCACCAUCGACAUCAACACUUUUGUCGACGCGGCGCUCGACAAGAUCCGACGCCUCGCCGGCCGCCGCCCCAUCAUCCUGUCGUCGUUCACGCCGGAGGUCUGCGUCCUGCUCCGGCUCAAGCAGGCCGCGUACCCGGUCCUGUUCAUCACCAACGCGGGCAAGCCGCCGACGGCGGACAGGGAGCUGCGGGCGGCAAGCCUGCAGGCGGCGCUGCGGUUCGCGCGGCGCUGGCGGCUGUCGGGCCUGGUGCUCGCAUGCGACGCGUUCCUGCUGUGCCCUCGAUUGGUUUCCCUGGUGAGGAGCGAGGGCUUGGUGUGCGCGUCGUACGGGGUGGGGAACAACGAGCCGGCGAACGCAAAGAUGCAGGCCGAUGCUGGGAUCGAUAUCCUGAUCGUGGACAAGGUGAAGCUGAUUGCGGAUGCGUUGAGCAGGCUGCCGCCACCAGAGAAGUCGAGCUAG